AUGGCUACAUAUUGUGGAUUUCCCGUGACGAAAUAUCUCACGAAUGACAGCUUACAAAGAUGGGAUGCCAUUGCAGUGGGUAGAGAGGUCCAUCUGAGAUGUGCUGAUCGAUACAGACUGCAACAGGGAACAGGGCUACACAUAUGUCAUUCAGAUGGCCAAUGGAAAGCCAGCACAACUUGUCACGUGUGUGAUCAAGGAUGGCUUUUCUUUGGAUCCCAUUGUUAUUUCUACAAUGCAACAAAAUCCUCCUGGAAUGAUGCAGUGCUACAAUGUCAAGCGCACUCGAGUUACUUAUUGGAAAUCAACUCUAGUGAAGAGAACCAAUGGAUAGUAUCUACCUUCCUGGAAGUGGGCGUUCCAGAUGAAUGCCGAAAUGUUUAUAUUUGUCCAGUAAAUGCAUGGAUCGCUGGCACCGAUCAUGAUAUUGAGGGCAGAUUCAGGUGGAAUGGAAAGACUGACAUGACUUUUACAAACUGGUAUUUGGGUCAACCUGACGGUGGAACUCCAACGCAAAACUGCGUCCAGAUUAUGCGAAAUGGAUUUUGGGAUGACUAUGAUUGUCAUUUUGAAAACAGUUUUAUUUGCGAGCAUCAGUAACAUCUUACACAUAUAUGGCUGCUAAAAUUACUCGGCAAGGACAUGGUACCCGCCAUUGGGAAAAUAACACAAGUGCAGAAUGUUUAUAGGCCUAUGCAAAAUAGUUUUCUGGCAAAACUCUUUCCUGCAAGUUUUUCACACAGAGUUCUAGAGCAAUUUUUAUCCCAAAACAUAGUUAUAUCAUAUGUUUGCAAUAAGGUCAGUUUGACCUCGAGGUCAGUUUGACCUCGAUUGUUAUGUAAGGUCAGUUUGACCUCGAUUGUUAUGUAAGGUCAGUUUGACCUCGAUUGUUAUGUAAGGUCAGUUUGACCUCGAUUGUUAUGUAAGGUCAGUUUGACCUCGAUUGUUAUGUAAGGUCAGUUUGACCUCGAUUGUUAGGUAUAUGUAUUGCUAUUAGCCUCCUAGUUUUUCAUGAAUAUUAUAUACUCUC